AUGAUGUCGUUGUUUGGGCUUGUGCGCUCAGUUGUCUUUUAGAUUCCACACGGUGCGGUUGUACGAAGCGGAUGGUUACGCGUGUACCAAAUUUUGAAAAAUUCUUAACACAGCGGUCUGAAACAGAGCACAAAAAAUACAUAGUACAUGAAUAAAUAGAAGAACCUGAAAAGAUAUAAAAUACUUUACGCUUGUAAAAUCACAAGGUGUUUGUGUGUUUGUACCCCUGCAUUAUUAUUGUUGCUUGCCUGUUAAGUUGAGAAUUUACAACAAAAGCUAAAUUAAGUAGUAAAGUGGACGAACGUCUCGAGCGGUAGAGGACAAACAAUUGUCAAAGUGGCAACGAUACCAAAAGUAAAUAAACAACUACAACAAUAGCAACAAUACAUGCAUACAUACAUAGGUAAACAAACAAAAGCAGUUAAUAUACAAAAAAAACAGCAGCAAAACAAAAGUGAGCCAGAAGGCAGACGAGACCGAAGAAUCGAAGCGUAGCGCAUCGAAACGGAGCGAAUCGUGGCUGAAGCUGAGCGAGCAAGUGCUUCAAAACACAGUAAAAUUGCAAACGAAACAAAAAUAAUAAUUUAAACAAUUUUUUUUUAAGUUUGUAGCGCGGUCUACACAUUGCGCAACGGAAACGGACAUUGCGUUUUAUUUUCUAUUGAAAACCUUAAAAAAAAAACAGACGUAAUAGGUAUACGUCGGCCGCGUGUGUGUUUUGAUUGCAAUAAACAACUUGAAAAUCCAAAUUUGUUGAAAGAUUUGCUGUAAAUUAGCAAAGGUUGUGUACCAGCAAAAAAAAAAACACAGUGAUAAAGUAAACUGCGAGACGCUAAAAUUUGCUGUUGUUGCUUUUCUGUAUCUUCAAGUGCAGUCUGCGUCUUCUUUUCAGCCGUCACAACAACAGAGUGUUUUGUGUAAUGUGAGUGUGUGCCGAAAAAAGCUGAACCGAAAUUAAGUAAUAAAGCGAGAGGCAAUAAAAGGCAAACAGCAGUGAAUAAUUAAAGAAAAAUAUUUAAAAAAAAGAACAAGUAUAACAAUAACAAAGUAUUCACAAUUGGCUGCUUAGCUGAGUGAAAAAUUACUGGAUAAUACUUCUGAAAGAGGUAAAAUUUUACAAAAAAAAAAACAACUCACAAAAUAAUCUCCAAAAAUGCAAUUCAUCAAUUUAAAGUGUUAAAACGUGCCAAAUAAAACCAAAUCCAUCAAAUUCACACAACAGCAGCCGCAAAAUGUCUACCGACAACGCCCUUCAUGCCAAUAACAACGCCUACGAGUCCUCCAAAGUGGAAGUCGUCGUUUUGGCCAAAUCCGACAAGACGCUCAAAAACAACAUGGACGCCAAGGAUGAGACAAUGCGCAAGCGCACCUCACUCAUCAUUGUGCCACAGCCAGUAGAGGCACUAUCCGAUCGUGAUAACAAUCUCACAAGCUCCACCAUCGAUAACGACAACUGCAAUGAGACAGUCGAUGAUGGCGAGCACGACAACAAAGCCAUGACACCAGAACUUAGCUCCACAAAGCAGCAACUGCUCGAAUCGUCUAUUUGUUCGACCAACUCAAAUGGCGGCACUGAAGACGAAGUCGAUGAAGGCGAAUUUCUCAAAAAACCACUCGAUAACGAUACCAAACGCAAUCGCCACUCCAUAGCCAGCGUCGACAGCUGCGUCUCACGCUCGACACGCACCAGCAGCACCGACACUAGCACUUCUUCGGGCGAUGAUGUCGCCAUCGAUGACUACAAUGAUCUCGAGGAGAAUGGCAAUCUAAUCGAUGAUCUCGAUGAGGGUGAUCGCAAGAAUUGCUUAUCGAAUGCAUCAUCCUCUAUCGAUGAUUACUCGCUGCGCGAAAAGCUACACAAUUAUGUCAAUGAAGCGUUGGUGAAGGAUGAGGGCGGCAAUAGCAGCAGCACUUGUGGCGAUCAGUGCACCAGUUCCGAUGCUGAGGAGGUGAAUACAGAAGAGAUAGAAGCUAGUGAAGAGGCGGUUGUGGUGUUGGAAGAGAUGCCACCAGAGCCACAGAGUCUACCGCCGUGCGAUGCGCUCUUGAGCCCACAAGAGGUGCCGAUGGGACGACGCUAUGCGGAGGUGUCACAAUUCAAGGCGAACAAGUGGACAUCCGAUUCCAGCCAGCAAUUGACAACAUCGGCAGUGCCGCCAGCAACGACACAAAAUCAAUUAAAGUCCAUAACAGCGAGCAGCGGCGGGGCAUCAACAGCAGGCGUAAGUGCAGGGACAGCAUGCAACAGCACGAACAACAACAACAACAACAAUAAUAAUAAUACCAACAACAAUAACAACUGUAAUAGCAGUAAUAAUGCCAGUAAUCGACGUCUGCCAUUCUGUGGUUUAGAUUCCAUUAAAGGAAGUGACAGCAAUGGCCAUGGCGAUGGUUGCGGUGGCUUGAGUGGUGGUGCCACCAAUUUAUGUUUCGAUUUGCAAGGUGGCUGUACAAGCAGCAGUGUCACUGCUGGCUUAGGGACGGUAAAUGCUGUUGCUGGACUCGGUCACUUGGAUGCUGGUGGCGGCGGUAUUGGCGCUGGUCAACACGAUAACAUAUCAGAGCAAUUUCAUUCGUUGGAUGCGGCAGAUAGCAGCUGUUGCGGUGAUGGGCAAUUCGAGGAUGAUAUGCAAGCUUUGCUGCCGAAAUGCAAGCGACUCUCGGGAGAUGAACUCAGUCAGUCACGUACAUCUCUGGUCUCCAGUUCGGAUGGUGGCAUUUUGGCCGAAGGCGAAACCUCGAGCGAAACAUCACGCGGCACCGACGAAUGCCCGCCCUGUGAUUUGGGCCUGAUGGAGCGUCUGCUGCUGACACAUCCUGUAUGGUUUUUACCCGGCAUCCAACGAUCCGGUGCAGUGCAUUUUCUGCAAGGCAAAGAGGAGGGGAAUUUUAUUGUGCGCGGCUCCAGCCAAAUCAACACUAUGGCCGUUUCGGUGCGUCUUCCCCCAGACACAGGUCCCUACAUUGAGCACUACUUAAUCCAGUCAAACAAUGGCAUUUUGAGCCUCGAGAGUUCACGUUUCACAUUCGAUUCAAUCCCCGCCCUCAUUGCGCACUAUGCCCAGUGCUGCGACGAACUGCCCGUUCAACUUAUACUGCCGCGCGCCUUGCGCGAAGUCAAAAAUCGUCAACAACUCUCCUCGCUAGCGCUGCUGGGUCAAGAGUUUUGGCGGUAUCCGAUGUCUUGCCCCAAGCCACAUGAAUCAGAGGCUACGCUACUCGAUGCUAAAUCACCAAAUUCUCUGACUGAGACCAGCGGUCUGGGCACAACGGUCUUCAGCAGCAACUCGAGCGCACCGCAACCGGCAAAGGUAUUCAGCCCUACCAAUAACCUGGGUGGCCUUUUCAGCCAGGCGGGCACACCAUCGGACACCACCUCGAGCAUGAGUUCAUUCAGCACCAGUGGUGCUCCACACUUGCAGCUAAUGAGUCCCGAAUCGGUGGAUUCGGUGAUGCUAACCAUGUCACCAGUGGAUAUGAAUAAUCAUCGCAAUGGCAUUGGAGGUUUAGCGUGCGAUGCUACGCCGACAUCUGCCAACGGCAAUCUCAGCACUUUCAAGUCAAAUAAUCUCGUACUGGUGCCCACAAAGGGCAUAAAGGCCUCAGACAAUGGCAUACGGCCACAGCGUCCUAAGCCGCCAAACACUCUAAACUUAGACUUGCGCAAACCGCCCGCACCCCCAUUGCGCUGUUUCAAACCACUCACGCCCAGCAGUCCACUGCCAUCGGAUCAUGCAUCGAACUCAGCAAAUAACUUUACCGUAACUACAACGGUCACUUUCUCUAUGGAGAACAAUAACUCACCACAAUUUGUCGAGGUUACCACACCAGCCACAGCUACCAAUAUGAUCGCCUCAAGCGCGCUUAACUCGAAUGCGACUUUCCAAACUUUCUCGAAGCGCUUAUCUCCCGAGGGCGAGUGCAAGGAUACGCUCUCGUCUCAGGGUUCUUCAAAUGGCAGCCGCUGGCAAUCACAGAGCAGCAAAGACUCGAAUCACAGCCAAAGGAAGAUUCUCUCACCAUGCUCGGCUGGCACACCCACAAGUGUUUUAGGCAGCAGUAGCAGUAAAUCGCGCCGAGCUAAGGCGCGCAAGGAGUCCAAACACUAUCAGGAGUCCGAUAUACUGGAAAGUCCACAGAUAUACUGCCGCAGCGCUUUGGGUGAUAAAAUUAGCGACUAUGAGGAUUUAUGGACCCAGGAGUCGAAUGAACGCACCGGCUUGCUUAGUAGCUUCAAGCCUGCGGAAGGCGCGCAGGGUAAGCGUCCGGACCUGCUGGCAGAAACACCCACAAUCACUUCCCUCAGCGCCAACUUGCUUUCACCUGCCAACUCUUCCGUUGCUUCGGUCAGCCUGCCACACAAUUGCGAACCCUCGCCCACACCCACUGCCGAUGCCCCCUCUUGCGACACCCAACAGCUCAUACAAUUCUCGGCUGAUGCCCUGCCUCGUUCGCGCGCUGGCCUACUCUUGCCCGGCCUCAUGAGCCAAUCCCUUUCUGAGGAGCAAUUCAAAAUUUGCGAACCAAACGAGGGUGACACCACACCCACAGCAGACACGCCUGCCUCACGUAGCAAGCAAGGCAGCCCCUUCUAUGCCGAACCUGCCGACGCUUUGCGCGAAGCAGGUCUUACCACGGCUAGCAUACUACGACGUUCGCAACGUGGUCCACUCUUGCCCGCAAACCAUCGACAUUCAGAGCCGCCAAAAAGCGGUUUUGCGCGCACCCCUAUAUGCCCGCUGCUUAUUCCCAAAGAAUUCGAAAAAAUCGCUGGCAGUCUAGAUGAGCUGAAGAAAAAACAGCAACAACCGGCAGAGCAACAGGCCUCAACACAGCCACAGCAACAGCAGCCCACAAAACGUGCACGUGCACGCUUUGAGCAAUGGCAGCUCGACAGCAGUUGGGAGUUUAUGGGCAAGCAAGAUGAGGAUGAUGAUUAUGAUGACGACGCAAAUGAACAUGCUGCCAGCAGUAACUAUGGCGAUUACGAUACGGCGGAACAGUGGCGUCAACAUCCUGCGGGCGCUCAGGAAAAGGAAAACUCAUUGGGUCGCGAGGCCAACAAAGAGAAUAAGCAGAAGCCGCUGACGGUGCAUCAAAUAAUUGCAAAGCGUUUUCCCGAUUUAAAUCUGCCAGAGCUGGUGCGUUGCUCCACGCCACCACAGCAAACAUAUCUACAGCAGCAUCAAAACGGCCAAAUCGGUCAAAAGCUGUUAAGCGAACAUCAUGGCAGCCAGAAGUCCUUCGACAGUCAGACAGGUUCUCGACUCUCGUCGUACGACAAUGUCGGCGGCACUUAUUCCUUCUGUCAGUCAUUUUUCAACGGCAUCGAUUCAGCGCAGUCGGAUGAUGGCACUGUUUUUUCGGAGCCAUGGGACUCAUCACAGUGGGAUUCGAUUAAUCCGCAAGAUGAUACUACCAUCGCUUCGGACACAAUACACUUUUCGAAAUGUCGGCCAGUUGUUUCAGAAGACGAUACCAUAAUUGAAGAGCUGAGUACCAAAGAGAGCUGUCAAGACACAUUGAAGGCUAAGAAAUGUAAUGGACGACAAAAGGUCGCAACGAUAUUGCGGAAUCCAAGCAUGCGGGAUCGAGAAAUUUUGCGCCAUCCUCGCAACAAGCUGAAUGCGCACACUGGCGGACCAGGUGACCUAGUGCGCGCCUGCACACUCCAACUCGCUCAAGAUCAGAGCUCAACAUUUGCGCGCAACGUAGAGAAUUUCAUCUCCUGCACGAAGGAGUCACGCGAGGCAGCGCCACAGGUUGUUAUGCGCAACAUGCGUCAAUUCAUGAACGGCAUGAAAAACUAUCUGGUGAAGCAUGGUGAGGGUAAAUUCCAUCAGGAAGUGGAAGCGGCGCGUUCACGCCUCAAAGCGGACGAAUUCCUCAAUUUGGACGCCAUACUCGAGACUGUGAUGCAUCAACUGGUUGUGUUGCCGCUGCGCGAACAUCUCUACAGCAUGUUCGUGGACUACUAUAAGCGCUCAGAAGACAUACAACUGCUGGCGCAGAAUGUAAAAUAUGCCUGCGGACGCAGCGCGACUGAUUUUGGCAUACGCGCCACAGUGACGCCGCCAUCAUCAACUUCGUUGCAAAUCAUUUCAGCGCUGUUGCAGCGCUUGCAGGAGGCCGAACUGCCGCUGGACAAAUUAGAGCUCUUCCUCUGCGUCAUCUCGACUAUUUUUGAAGCAACUGGCUGUCAGCGCGGCCAACAGCUAGGCGCCGAUGACUUUCUGCCCGUAUUGGUGUAUGUGGUGGCCAAAUGUGGGUUUGUAGGCGCUGAAAUAGAGGCUGAAUUCAUGUGGGGACUACUGCAGCCGACAUUGCUGAGCGGUGAGGCGGGCUACUACUUGACAGCGCUCUGCAGUGCAGUGCACGUACUCAAGAGCUUCAUGGCUUCGGAGAACGAAAAUGGAACAGGCUCGCUCGAUUGGCGCUCCUCUUCGUUGCCCGCCUGCUCUUCGGUGCUCCGCGUCAUCAUACCCGACGAGUGCAAUGGCUCGCUGCAGACGCGUACAUUGCCCGUGCGACCACACACCACGACACGCGAAGUGUGCCGCAUUAUUGCGCAUAAGGCGCGCAUCACAAACCCGCAAGACUAUGCGCUCUUCAAGCUCGUCGAUGGCGAAGAAACGCUGCUGAAUGAUGUUGAAUGUCCGCAGGACGUGCGUUUCUCUUCCAAAGGCAAGCAUUGUAUGUUGGCGUACAAGCGUAUAGACGCUAAGAUUGCAUGGCCAACAGCGACAUACUAGGCGCGGAAGGCAGAAGGCAUUUGACGAGUGUAAAAAAAAA